GAUAUUAUCGAUGUUUGGUGAUUCCACUAUAACCCUGUAUGUUAUUGAUAUCAGUAUAAAACACACCAUGAUUAAUAUGUGCAUUUUAAACGAGAAUAACACAGUGAUAAGAUAAGAACCGUUUUCUUGUUCAUCCAAAUAUAAAUUGCUCAGUAUAGAUCCAUUAAGUGAUCAUUAUAACACAAUAUGUUUCGGGUAGGAAGGACCUCGUUCCAGCGGAAUGUACCCCACAUCCGCAGAUUGGCAUCCGAUGCAUCAAAUCAGGAUAAUCAUAUAAAAAAAUCAAGUGUUACAGGCAGUACAGAAAAUCCGAUUUCGAGAACAUUUAAAAUAUUGGGCAAUGAUAUGAAGAGAGUAAAAAAUUUUAUUUUACCCAGCAAAAAGGUUACCGGUGAAGAGGAUGUUGAUUACCUGGAACGCUACCGAAGAGAGGACUUCCAGAGCCAUUGUGAUGUGUUGAUUAUAGGCGGUGGUGGAGUAGGAUCCUCAAUCGCUUACUGGCUUAAAAAACGUGCCCGGAAGGGACUCAAUGUCGUAGUAGUAGAAAAAGAUUCAACAUACCAGAAAGCAUCAACUUGUCUGUCUGUUGGCGGACUGAGGCAACAGUUCUCAAUUGUGGAAAACAUUCAGAUGAGUUUGUAUGGUGCGGAGUUUUUACGUGAUGUAAAGCAAUUACUCGGAAGUGAUGUUCAUGUUAAUUUUACUCCUUUUGGUUAUCUGAUGCUGGCAACGGAAGAAGGAGCAGAGCAGCUACAGGAAAAUUCUAAACUACAAAAUGUACUAGGAGCCAAAAACGAAAUACUUACUGCAAAUCGUUUGAAGGAGCGUUUUCCCUGGAUGAACACAGAUGGAAUAGCAAUUGGUUGCCAUGGUUUAGAAAAAGAAGGGUGGUUUGAUCCAUGGGCGCUUUUAUCAGGUUUCAAAAAACGAGCAAUCGAAUAUGGUGCUCAUUAUGUUAACGCUGAAGUUGUUGGGUUCGAGUUUCGCAAACUGCCAAACGUUUUAGUGGGAAACUCAUCGAUGGGAGAACAUGAAGGUCUAGACAAGGUUUUUAUUAGAAUGAAAGAUGGUGAAACUAGGACUGUGAAAUUUUCAAUUGUGAUAAUUGCUGCUGGUGCAGAAUCUGGCAAGGUGGCGAAAAUGGCACGCGUUGGUACCGGAAAGGGUGUAUUGAGUGUUCCGCUUCCAGUUGAGCCGAGAAAACGCUACGUUUAUGUGUUCCAAUGUGAAAAUGAUCGCGGACCCGGAAUUAAUACUCCGCUAACAAUUGACCCAACUGGAACAUAUUUUCGGCGUGAUGGGCUGGGUGGAAACUAUCUAGGCGGUAAGAGUCCUAGUCCCGAGGAAGAACCAGUUACCGAUAAUUUAGAAGUAGAUUAUUCAUACUUUGAUAGCAAAGUAUGGCCUGAUCUCGCUCGUUUAGUGCCUGCGUUUGAGGCUAUUAAAGUAAAGAACGCCUGGGCUGGUUUCUACGAGUAUAACACAUUUGACGAAAAUGGUAUAGUAGGGCCACAUCCGUCCUACAACAACCUAUAUAUUGCAACAGGCUUCAGUGGACAUGGUAUUCAACAAACGCCAGCUGUUGGGAGAGCGAUAUCCGAGAUGAUAAUCGAUGGCGAGUUUCGGACGAUCGAUCUGACACGGUUUGGAUUUGACAGAAUCCUUGUUGAUCAACCACUAUAUGAAGCUAACAUCGUUUGAUGAGUUUCGUAAAUAGAAGAAUUGUGAAUGAGAUCAAACACAAGUAAAAUAACCGUAAACUAAAUGAUUGUUACUGAAUGAUGACCUGAAACGAUGGAUGCAGGAGUGUGUAAGUUUAAUCUCUAGUCUAAUAAAUAAGGAAUCUCACUCCAGAUUCCAAAACGUAAAACUAUUCAACUGCACAUUUAUUUAUUCUCGUUUUGAUAACUUUGACUCGUUCACUGAUAGUUCGCUAAUUACUUGAACUGGCCUGGUGUUGGCCCAAAUAAGCCACCUGCUUGCUUGCUAGCCGCUCGUGACGGUGCAAACCCGAGCAGUUUCUGUAUGUUCUGUCGAAUUGACAUCGUACAUAAGAUAUAGAGAAAUAUAAAUGAACACUCGGUGUAGUCAUCUCCUGGUAGAUUACGAUGACUUAAUCCUUGAAUCCAUGAUAAGGGUGUAAAAGGUAAUCUAGCUACAAUACGACCAUCGAAACUGCAAAAAAAAAACAAUGUGAUUACCAUCACGUACAACAAAAUUGAAGUUUUAGUCAUAAUACAUGCUGUUGAACAUGCUCAGUAGUGCCGUGAAAGCAAAACCAGUAGCAAACAUUGAUUUCAUUUUUACUAGAGACAAGUCGCGAUUAUUAUUCUUCAAUUUUUCCUCAUCUCGUUCGAUUUUCUUUUUAUGAGAUUUAUCCAGCGAAUCACCAUGAGUUUCUUUUCGCUUUUCAACUGCAAUAAAAUGAGGCGAUUAUAAGGAAUCAAAACCUUUACAACAGAGCUUGUACGUUUUUUGCUUUGCUUCUCAACUUCAGUUUUGAGUUUCUGAUAUUUUUCUGUGCGAUAUACCAUUAACCAGGUUAAACCUAUAAAUAAAACAUUGGCAGUUUGCUCGACAAUAUUAAUUUGUAGAUUGUUUCGUAUUUACCUUCACCGAGAAAUGCCGUACAAACGGAAAUAAAAACGAUUAGGAGUGUGUCCGACCACAUAUCUCCUGUUUUAGAAGAGUUGUUUUAUAACCCAAUAAUUUAAAAUACUAUAAAUUAUCGGCUGAAAAAUUAACUAUGAGGUUACCUUGUGGAAGCAAUGGAUAUGAUCGAAACGCCGAAAAUAUUGGAAUGAAAA